AUGGUUUUUUACGGACAGGGGUCUCAGUCCCCACGGCCCAGCAGUCGGAACGGGAGCAACGCACCGCAUAGUGGCGGUAUUUCCCAGGCCGGCCACGCGCAGUCGGACUCGGGGUAUCUGCAGUGGGCGGAUCGGGUGGGUGUUGAAAACUUGGAAGAAGACGACCCGGAGGACACAUGGAUGCCUGAAGAGGAGGAGGUGGACGAGGACGCUGAAGCCGCCCAGCGCACCCAGCGUUCACUCUCGGAGGUAGUGGCAGCGUCUACCCCCGCUACAUCCGAGGAGCAACGUCCUGGAGCCCGCGGGGCGACGAAUCCGUCCGCGUCUCGCCGUGGUCAAGUUUCUGUACGCAGCGCACCUGACGACCAGGUUGAUGCCGCGAUGGCUGCCCGCGUGGCGGAGCAAGAGCGCCGUAUUGCGGAGCUGCACGAGACAAUCCAGCGGCUUGAAGGAGCUCGCCGCGCCGUUGCUCGAAGCGCCGAGACACGCACCGUUCCUGUUCGCGCGCGGGACCGUGAUGGUGCGUUGGAAACACCGGCUACGACUCGCCGACGCACCGUGACGGGAAGGGACGAAACCCGCACAGACACACACCGUGGCGAGCCGCUGGCGCCCAUGGUGGAAGCAGCUCUGCACCGCGAGGUGCGCGUGGCGAACACAGGAGGCGUGGCUACCGCUGGGAUGCAGAACUGGGCCGAACGUCUGCAGAUAGCGCACAAGUUCCUUCCGGGCAUGGACGACGGCUGGAAGGUGGUGGUGGUUGACGCAAUCAAGAUUAUGGUUUACGAUACUGACGUGGGGGAGCUCAACUUCUGGGUCCCCAUGGUGCUGGUGGAGAGGAUUGUGGCGCGUGCACUUAACAUCACUAAGGCGUCGCAUCGAGCGCUCCUUCACAUGGUGCUCCAGCAUGAUGACAAGCGGUCUGGCUGGAUCACCCGCCAGAUGCAGAUAUGGCGCAACACCACCUGGGAGCAAGGCCGGGCCUAUACCUUUAUAUUGCACGGCCUUCCGUACAGGGCCGGCUCCAACCCGCGCGUCACGAUUCCAGCGCGACCAAGUGUCCAGGAAGUGCCCCGCAUCACCUGCAAGCAGUUCGACGAGAAUCAUCCUGCCGAGGCGGGGACAUUCGAGCUGCGUCCGUGGCAUCGCAACGCGGCGGGGGUGCCAUUUGCGACCGAGAAAUUCGAGCGCGGGCUAUACGCGUCUUACCGUCGGCCGAUCCCACCGCCCCUAGUGCUGCGCACCUACCUCGUGGCGUUCUGGCUUUUCGGGGUGGAAGUCCCGAUCCUCAAUGGUGGUCCACUAGUGACCAGCGCUCCCCAGAACGAAGAGGGAGUGCGCUGGUAUCACGAGCGCGUCAAGCGAUGGAUGCGAAGCGCGAUCCUGCGUCGCACAGCCGAGCACGGCCCCUUCUGGGAUGCCGAAAAGCGGGGCUGGCGUUUUCGCCGCGACAGUGCGGUCGUCAUCUCCGAGAAUGGGAUGGAGGAUAUGUCUCCUACCCUGCCUGCCACCCCUGCGACGGCAGUCCCUGCCUUCUUUGUGACGUCCCCCCGCCUGGCCGCGGGGGCAGUGCGGCUGGCGGACUUUGGGGUGGCGCAGGUGGUGGCGGAGGGGCAGCGCGGGUGCAGCACUCCCGCAGGCACGCCCGGGUACAUGGCGCCUGAGGUCGAGGCCCUCUGCCGCCCUCGCUGCCCGCCCGCCCCGGGCGCCGCCAAGCACGCUAGAACAGCAGCUGGGAGAGCAGAUGUACGGCGCGCAAAGGCAGCGGGAUAUGGGUGCGCAGCUGACGUGUGGUCGCUGGGGGUGACGCUGUACGAGAUGAUCGCGGGCGAGCGGCCUUUCUCAGGGGAGGCGCCUCAGCAGGGCGAGUGGCGGGCGUGUGUGGAGGGGGCAGCGUGGGAGGGCGUGUCGGAGGAGUGCCGUGCGCUGGUGAGCGGCAUGCUGAGAGUGCGCGUGGAGGAGAGGCUCACCAUGGCGCACGUGUGCCACCACCCCGCCAUGAUCCGCGCCUUCGGGGGCAGCGGAGGGAGCAGCGCGGGGAAGAGUAGGAGCGGAAGGUGGUGGUGA